AUGAAGCUCUCACGCCUCGAUCUCAACGAAAUGCUUGGCGUGGACCAGACGCGGAGUCACGUGAUCGAGAGGAUCAUCAACCUCACCCUGGAUAUCCUCUAUCUGCUGACCGGAGAGGAUUACCUAGUCCUGAAGAUGUCCUGUGGUCGAGUCACACACAGUAGCAGUCCCUGUGUAUCGGGAGGCUUCGCUCGGACCCAGCCCCCCGCCUCAAAGCUGACACCCGACAGCAACGACAAGAAGAUCCUAGAAGUCACCCAGAAGAUCAUUGAGCUCCUGACAGGAGAGGAAGGCCGGAGGUCGCUCAGGGGGAAGAGUCGCAGGUCGAAGCCCGUCAUCCAGGAAGAUCGUGACGUCCCGAGCUCAGAAGAUGAAUCCAGUAACAGAACGCCAGCGGUGUGAGACAUCCCCGUCCUCUGUAUUCCCGGGAUCGGGAAGGAAAAUUGAACACCAGGAAGUCGGAGAACACUGUGAGCUUCUGUAUCAAGAAGGAGAUGGAUGCGGCCGAGUGGAAAUCCAAGGCUAGGAGGAAAGGACGGCCCCGGAGGACCAGGAUGCUGGAGGCGGCUCCCCGGCCACAGUCCCCUCCGGACAUGAAGGACAUCCAUGGAAUCUCUGAGGACUUCCAGGACAAAGCCAGGGAGGUGAUCACCACUGAGGACGACCAGCAGAAUCAGCAAGUCACUAAAGAUCGUCAUACUGGGCGGAGCCAGGACAAGCCUGUGUCAGUGAUCGAAGUGGGAGAGGACGAGGAUGACCGCGAAAAAAAUCUCCGACACAUUAGUGACGGUAGAAGGUGGCGCCCCCCAAAGGAAGCAACAUUAUCUAUUAUCACAGAGGAGAAGGAGGACAGCGCAGAGAGCCCCAGGAAGGAGUCAGACUGGGAGUUUGAUGAAGACGGCUCCCCACACAGCGUCGGCGCGUCUGGGGACGACAGUUCAGAGGACACCAUUGUUAAAAUCAGUCUAGACAACGUCCAGGAAGCAUCGGAACCCAAAGAUGUUGAUCGAACGAUCUGCCGCAACGGCAAGAAAAUCACCUUCACCUGCUUGGACUGCGGGAGGAGUUUUUUGCGUCCUCGGAGCAGCUCAAAUCGCACCACAAAGUCCACACGGGAGAGGCGCCCUUCUCCUGCAUGGCUUGCGGCAGCUCCUUUGGCAGCUCAGAGGAGCUCGGAGAGCACGUCGCGGUCCACACUUCCGAAAAACUCUUCGCCUGCUCGCAGUGCGGCAAGUGCUUCACCAUCAAGGCCAAUCUGAUCGCCCACCGCCGGGUGCACACGGGCGACAAGCCCUUCUCCUGCGCCGAAUGUGGCCGGCGCUUUGCCCUCAGGUCCUCUCUGGAGACGCACCUUCCCGCACAUGCCAUAGAAAAGCCCUACCCUUGCGCGUUGUGCGGGAAGUGCUUCACCACCAGCGGCCGCCUCGCCGUUCACCAGACGACCCACACGGGGGAUAAGACCUACGAGUGCGAGGACUGCGGCAAAAUUUUCACCACAAGCAGCAGCAUGAACCGGCACCGGAGGACGCACACGGGGGAGAAACCAUAUUCCUGCAUGGUGUGCGGAAAAUGUUUUAACCGUGAGACCAACCUCUACCGACACCAGAUGAUCCACACAAGAUGA